CUUUAAAACAGACCCACGUCUCCCAUCUGAAGUUUCGUGAGGUCGUUGACUGGGGCGUCAGAUGGGCCUAUCACCGACCCGAGAAAACACCUGGAAUUCACACCUUAAAUCCACUCCUCCUGGCCUCCUAUUGGUGGAGCUGCAGCAUAUAUCCGUCACCCGGCAUGACCCCGACGAUGACAGCGGUCUGCAGCUGAGCCAAUAACAUCAUCACAGUCGGUGUAGCCAUGCGUUUCAGCCACGACCCCGCAGCUUUCCAGCUUUGCGCAAACAGCUCCAUGUUCGACGGCGAAGAUUGCGGAUCCGCAGACGCGGAGCAGAUGAUCGAGAUCCGCUCCCCGAGUUCGGGGCCUUCAAGCCCGCUGUCCGUCAACUCGGACUCCAGCUGCACCAGUCCUGUAGCCAAGUCUGCCUCAACGGAGAAGAGGGUCAGGAGGCCCUUGAACGCCUUCAUCAUCUGGACCAAAGAGGAGCGCAGGCGGCUGGCGCAGCUCAAUCCAGACCUGGAGAACACUGACCUGAGCAAAAUACUUGGAAAGACCUGGAAGGCCAUGUCCUUGGCUGAGAAGCGUCCCUACAUGCAGGAGGCUGAGCGUCUGAGGGUCCAGCACACCAUCGAUUAUCCCAACUACAAGUACAGACCCCGCAGGAGGAAGCAGCUGAAGAAAAGCUCCAAGCCACAGACCGCUGAGGCCGCUCUCCCCCCACUCUGCAGCCCAGGCCUCACAGUGCCCUACAACCUCACAUACCUGCUCCAGAACCAGCAGCAGACCUUCCCCAGCACGCCUGCUUUCCCGGCUAACUUCACCCCUCUGCACAGCAGCUACCAAAACACUCCAGUGUUCCCAGACACAGCAGCAGCAGCAGCAGAGACCUUCUCAAACAAGCCUGUGCUGUAUUCAAAUCCGCCUUCAUACCUGUCAGAGCACCAGCUGUAUUUUGGCAGUCAGCACGGGCACAUGCCGUGCGGUUUCUCUGAAGGGUCGCACGUGGAGCAAGGGGAGUCCAGGUUUUACGGGGGCCCGCUGAGUCCUGCUGGGCCGACCCUGGAGUUUUACUUGGAACAGGUUCAGCUGGACAUGCUGUACGAUCUGGACCGCAGCGAGUUCGAACAAUACCUGGGGCCUCCUCCACACAGGCCCGAGUCAGUGGAUCCCAGCAGCUACCAUCAACAGACCAGCCACAGAGAGGGACGCUCACUAUCAUAAAACCACCACAAAUGGUGUAUUUAUUUAAAUUAUUUCAGUGUAUCACUUGAUAAUGACUGCUGAAAGUGUAUAUUGUGUAUU